GCAAUAGUGACGAGCCAUUAUGCCAGAAAAUCCCGCAGCAGACAAGCUGCAGGUCCUGCAGAUCCUGGACCGUCUGCAAAGAAAGCUACAUGAGCAUGGAGACACUUCACAGGCUGAGAAACUGACUGUUUUGCACAGUACACUAAGGAGCCCCUUAUUCAAUCAGAUCCUGACUCUUCAGCAGUCAAUCAAGCAACUGAAGGAACAACUCAGUUGUAUGCCUCCAGAUCGUUCAGUGGAUUUUGACUUUACUAGGAGAGGUUUGUUGGUAUUUGAUGCUGACCACCGUUCUCAUGAUUUUGGUAACCUUUAUGUGACUUGCAACAAUAAUAAUUUACCAGUAUCCAAGAUGCCUCCUCUGAUGCCAAAACUUGCAGUGGAUGAGUUUAAUAUAGCAAUCCAAAGGAUGGCCAAGGGAAAGCAAAUAGAAUAUAUAGAUAUUGAAAAGCCAUUUAGUGGAGGUCUUGGAUUUAGUGUGGUUACCCUUAAAAACCAAAGCACUGGAGAAGUUGGUAUCUUUGUCAAGGAAGUUCAACCCGGAAGCAUAGCAGCCAGGGACCAGAGGUUAAAGGAAAAUGACCACAUAUUGGCCAUUAAUCAUACUCCACUGGACCAGAACAUAUCCCAUCAGCAAGCAAUUGUGUUGCUCCAACAGUCCGUUGGUUCCUUACAUUUGGUUGUGGCCCGAGAGCCAACCCAAAGAAGUAGUAUGACCUCAUCUGUGUUCAGUGAUAAUAAUUUGCCUGAAACAAUCAACUGGGGUCAUAUUGAAGAUGUUGAACUUGUUAAUGAUGGCUCGGGAUUAGGUUUUGGAAUUGUCGGUGGGAAAUCAAUUGGUGUAGUGGUACGGACUAUUGUUCCUGGUGGACUCGCAGAUAAGGACGGAAGGCUCAGGACUGGCGAUCACAUCUUGGAAAUUGGAGGCAUUAAUGUGCAAGGAAUGAGCAGUGAGCAGGUUGCUCAGGUGUUGAGGAACUGUGGGAACUGUGUUAGGAUGGUUGUUGCAAGAGAUCCAGUGUGUGAUAUAACUGUGACGCCACCAACCCCUUUGGCCCAGCCUGUUGGAAUUUUGACUCCUUUUCAGGACAGGUGUUUUGGCACAGAAAAUGAAAUCCAGGAGGUUCAGCUGAUGAAAAAGGAUGGACAAAGUCUGGGUAUAACAAUUGUUGGCUAUACAGGAGUUUCUGACAAAGUGGAAUCUUCUGGGAUUUUUGUCAAAAAUAUAGUGCCUGGCAGUGCUGCAGAACACAGUGGUCAAAUAAAAGUCCAUGACAAAAUUAUUGCUGUUGAUGGGGUUAACAUUCAGAAUUUUACUAACCAAGAAGUCGUGGAGGCAUUGCGUAAUACAGGACCAAGUGUACACCUUACGUUACUUCGAAAGAAACCAUGUUAUACUGACUUCCCUUCAGAAAAAGGCUUAAACAGAGUGCAGCCCACCAUGCCAGCCAUAUUCCUGUCUGGAGCUGUGGAAACUGAAACUAACUUAGAUAGUGAAAGUGAGGAAGCACAAGAGCAAAUGGAUAACUCUGAAAAUGAAAAUCAGCAGAAACUACAUCAAGUGGGCGAAAGCCCAGAAACAUCAGAAGAUAAAUUAAAAUCUAAGUGGCAGAAAAUGCUGGGACCUGACUUCGAAGUUAUGGUUUCCACCGUGGACAUGCCAAUUGCAGAUGAUGCUGAGCUACAGAAAUAUUCAAAGCUGCUGCCUGUUCACACGUUGAGGCUAGGGGUUGAACUUGAUACAUAUGAAGGACAUCAUUACAUAUCAUCAUUUGCUACUGAUGGCCCAAUUGCUAAGCUUGGUUUACUGCAGUUGGAGGAUGAACUUUUAGAGGUAAAUGGCGUUCAGCUGUAUGGAAAAUCCCGCCGUGAAGCAGUUUCUUUUCUUAGGGAAGUGCCACCUCCAUUUAUUUUGGUUUGUUGUCGACGCCUGUUUGAUGAUGGCACAGAGUCCUUUGUGGAUGAGCCUGCAGCUGUUACCACUUGCUCACCAGAACCUAAGGUAAAUGAGCCUAUAGAUUUUGGCCCAGAGGAAGAAGAGGAAGAGGAUGCAGAGCUUGCACUAUGGUCUUCUGAAAUCAAAGUUAUUGAUCUUGUGAAAGACACGAAAACGGGCUUAGGCUUCAGCAUACUGGACUAUCAGGAUCCCGUAGAUCCAACACAGACAGCAGUUGUGAUUAGCUCCUUGGUGCCAAAUGGAGUGGCCGAGCGUGGGGGUGAACUUUUCCCUGGCGAUCGUCUGGUCUUUGUAAAUGAAAAAAGUUUGCACAAUACCUCUCUUCCAGAGGCUGUAGAAGUGCUGAAAUCUGCACCUCCAGGGAAUGUUCGUCUUGGAAUCUGUAAACCUUUGGUGGGAGAAAGUAGACAGCAUGCAGCUUCUUGUAUUAUGGAUCCAAAGAGUAUUGCCAGGAAUUCUGCAUCUCCAGCACCAAUCAAUAAUACUGAAUCAUCACUACUCCUUGAAGCUCCAAAGGACUUCAGAGAUGUAUCUUUCUCUAAAGAAGAACUCGUUGAUGAACCAAUCCUGGAUUUGGGGAGACAAUUUCAACUUUCUCAAAAUGAGGCCGAUGUUGACAAGGAGGCAUGGGAAAUGCAUGAGUUUUUGAAGCCUCCAGUGAAGGAUCUUGACGAAGAGCGAGAGAUGCUAGUGGAUGAAGAGUAUUAUGUGGACCAGGAUUAUUACAGUUGUGUGCCAUCAGAUAUAAACGAGCUUGCUUCAUCUAUUGACAUGGUCUUUGAUUCUACAAGGCAAUGGGCACAGGAACUAGAAUUUACUACAAUGCCAAAAUUGAGUCACAUGAUGGAUAUUAGAGCUGAAAAGCCUGAAGAAAUCACAGAUAACAGUUCACUACUCCCUGAAGCCUCAGCAGAAUACAACCAACCAAACAGUAUGCAGGAUAGUCAGGAAAUGAGUACGGAGACGCAAAGUGACCAUAAAGAUCCUCUAUGCAUCAACACUGAUCUUGAAGUUGUUCAAAAAAGUAAAUCAAAGGCUAAAGACUAUGACUUUUCCAGCAGCCAGGAUUCAGCUCUGUCUAGAGGGCUGUCUAGCGAAUUGCCUGAGAGAGAAGAAGGAGAAGGGGAAGAAACUCCAGUAUUCAGCCACUGGGGACCACCACAAACUGUUGAAAUUUUGCGAGACCCUCAUGUGCCCCUUGGCAUCAGUAUUGUCGGGGGACAUACAGUUAUAAAGCGCCUAAAGAAUGGAGAACAGCUUAAAGGUAUAUUUAUCAAGCAAGUCUUGGAAGACAGCCCGGCGGGAAGAACAAAUGCUCUCAAAACUGGCGAUAAAAUACUUGAAGUGUCUGGAAUAGAUCUUCAAAAUGCUACUCACGAGGAAGCAGUGGAAGCUAUAAAAAAUGCAGGCAACCCCAUUGUGUUUGUUGUUCAGAGUUUGUCUACUCUGCCUAGGAUUGUUUCUAUAAUAAACCCCAAGAAAAAUAAAAAUCACAGUGAUCAAGAUCAAGACACAGCUGGAGAAACUGAAGAGAAAAGUGGAGCACCACCACCCAUGAAAUUACCACCUCCUUACAAAGGACCAAAAGAGUCCAGCUCUGAGGAGACAGAGGAGGAAGAAGAGGACUUCUAUACAGACGAGAAAAUCAGACAAAGAUAUGCAGAUCUGCCAGGGGAGUUGCACAUUAUCGAGCUUGAGAAGGAUAAGAAUGGUCUUGGACUCAGCCUUGCUGGCAACAAGGACAGGUCUCGCAUGAGCAUCUUUGUUGUGGGCAUCAGUCCAGAUGGCCCUGCAGGGAAAGAUGGAAGAAUGCACAUUGGAGAUGAACUUUUAGAGAUAAAUAACCAGAUCUUGUACGGGAGAAGUCACCAAAAUGCUUCCGCAAUAAUUAAGACUGCCCCAUCAAAGGUCAAACUGGUAUUCAUACGCAACGAUGAAGCAUUUAACCAGAUGGCUGUUGCUCCUUUCCCAUUGCCUUCUAGCUCCCAGUCUUCCAUUGAGGAUCACAGUACCACUGAAUCUGCAAGUGGUGAAGAAGAUGCCAGUUUGGACUUUCUCAUGAAAGGCUCAACAGAUGAUGUGUACACUAAACUAAAUGUUGGUAACAAGACUGACAAAGAGAUGAUGGAGAAUCAGCAUGUUCUGUCAGAACAACCAGAAAACUUCCGGAACCAAUUGAAGCAAUCCAAAUCUUCAGCAGUAAUCCCCAUCAGUUUACAUGAGAUAUCUUUGACACCUGCAUCAUCGUUUUCUCCAGAGACAGGGUUCAGCAGACAAAGCAGCUUCCCACCGCCUUUAGUGGUACUGGACCCAGCAACAUGCCCAAUAGUUCCUGGCCAAGAAAUGACUAUAGAAAUAUCUAAGGGACGAUCUGGCCUUGGCCUCAGCAUCGUAGGUGGGAAAGAUACACCACUUGAUGCUAUUGUUAUCCAUGAAGUUUAUGAUGAAGGGGCAGCUGCUAGAGAUGGUCGACUUUGGGCUGGUGAUCAAAUUCUUGAGGUUAAUGGCAUUGACUUGAGGAACGCUAGUCACGAAGAAGCUAUCACAGCCCUGAGACAGACUCCUCAGAAAGUGCAACUGGUUGUUUACAGAGAUGAAGCUCAUUAUAAAGAUGAAGAGAAUCUGGAGAUUUUCUAUGUAGAGCUACAAAGAAAAAUGGGUAGAGGAUUAGGGCUAAGCAUUGUCGGCAAACGAAAUGGAAGUGGAGUAUUUAUCUCUGAUAUUGUCAAAGGAGGAGCUGCAGACCUUGAUGGGAGACUAAUUCAAGGGGACCAGAUCUUGUCAGUCAAUGGGGAGGAUGUAAGACAUGCUUCACAAGAGGUUGUUGCCACUAUUCUCAAGUGUGCUCAAGGGCUUGUGCGGCUAGAGAUUGGACGACUUAGAGCUGGGUCUUGGCUGUCAUCACGGAAAACAUCUCAAAACAGCCAGAUAGGCCAACACACCAUUCAUGGUCACUUUCACCCUACAUUUGCUCCAGUUAUCUCCACCUUACAGAAUUUUGUCAGUGCUAAAAGAUCAUCCGCUGAUUCCUCUCAUAGAAACUCAGUUGGAGCAGAUAUGGGUCCAAGGACUGUGGAGAUUACAAGGGGGCCAAAUGAUGCUCUUGGUAUCAGUAUAGCUGGUGGCAAAGGCAGCCCAUUGGGAGACAUUCCAAUCUUUAUUGCCAUGAUUCAAGCCAGCGGAGUAGCAGCACGGACACACAAGCUCAAAGUUGGAGAUCGGAUUGUCAGUAUUAACGGGCAGCCUUUGGAUGGACUGACUCAUGCUGAUGCAGUUAAUCUACUGAAGAAUGCUUAUGGGGGUAUUAUCCUGCAGGUGGUAGCUGAUACCAACAUCAGUGCCAUAGCCAGCCAGCUAGAGAGCAUGACCGCUGGCACUAACCUGAGCCCACCUACCAAACACCAUCCUGAAGAUCUAGAAGCACCUCAGCCUAAAAUAAUUGUGUUGGAGAAAGGCUCAGAUGGAUUGGGAUUUAGUAUUGUAGGAGGCUACGGAAGCCCCCAUGGAGACCUCCCCAUUUAUGUCAAGACCAUUUUUGCAAAGGGAGCAGCUGCAGACGAUGGCAGAUUGAAGCGUGGUGAUCAGAUUUUAGCUGUUAAUGGAGAGUCUCUAGAAGGCGUGACUCAUGAGCAAGCUGUAGCUAUUCUGAAGCGCCAAAAAGGGACUGUGACACUGAACGUGUUGUCGUGAGCUUUGCUGUAAAUGCAAUCUCGGCUGGAUGCAAUUAUUUCUGAGCAUUGCUAGAGCUGCUAUAAAAUGGUAUACAGUCCUUUCCAAGUGAGAUAA